AUGACUGAUAAUUCCCAAGCAAAAAUAAUAGAAGAAAGCCCCAUUGGAAAUGGCCUCGAUGCCUUCCGGGCAUCGUUCAAGUCGAUUUGUGAAGGGAGGAGUCUAUCCUGCACGUCGGACGCGCUCAAUCAUUUGACGCAAGAUGGGAAGGAUGUUGAUAUUCAAAAUUCCACACUCGACCUAUUGUUUGCUUUGCGGAGCCUUUCUACCACUCGGCUCUUACCAUCGAAAACAAGUCAUGGAACCCUCCAGAAUGAUCUCCGAAAACUAAUAUCUGCGGCUGCCUCCGAAGCGUUCCAUUCCUCCCGCGUAUGGCCUCUCUUGACUGCAAUCCUCGCACACAAACCGGACCGCGAAAUCUGGGAUUGUGUCUACAGCGCAGUCACCGAACCCACCCCGCCUCCUCGAGCCAUUAUCUCCUCCCUCCAACAGACUCCAUGGCUUCAGAAGACGAGUAGUUUCGCGAACUCCUCGGAAUACCGCCAAGAUGUUGACAGGAUCCUCAAAUCAGAACUCGGGCCUCUGUACGUAGGGCUUCCGGAUUUCCGAUCGACCUUUUUUGGAGGCGUCAGUGGUCUUCAAUCAGCAUCCGAUGCCGUAUUCGAAAAAUGCACAAAAGGCAGAAAUGCUCUUUUUGCUGAGGGGUGGAAAGGAUGGCCCAAAAACGCAAACCAGGAAGAUGUCUUGAACUGGUUUGCAGAUCUGAGCGAGAAGCUGGCAGCAUUGUCAGCGGAUUAUAAACCUGCGACUGGACACCUGCGAAGGCCGCUAGCACAGCCCAACAAGCCCAUCCAUGGCUCCACAGCAGAGCGCAAAUUAGACAUCGGCUUCGUGAGUGACGCUGACGCAGAAAAGGACACCCCAUGUCAGUGGUCGCAGGUUGUUGUGCCUGGAGAGCUAAAAAGCAAUCCUGCCGCCGACACGGCUUCCAAAGCAUGGCUUGACCUAGGGCGGUAUGCCAGGGAAGUCCUCGUCGCCCAAGAUACCCGUCGCUUUGUCCUUGGCUUUACAAUAUGUGGGUCCUUUAUGAGGAUAUGGGCCUUUGACCGUCUCGGCGGAGUUGCAUCCGAACAAUUUGACAUUAAUAAGGACGGACUCCAGUUUGUCUCGACUAUUCUCGGUUUUCUAUGGAUGAGUGAAGAAGACUGUGGGUUUGACCCCACAAUCACCAUAGAAAAUGGCCAGCGAAUCAUCAAAAUCGACCAUAACGGUCGAACUGAGCGUUUAGUCCUUGAAAGAUUGAUGAAGCGGGCACCUUGCAUCGCAGGUCGAGCAACGACAUGCUGGAAAGCGCACCGUGAAGUGGAUCCUGGAGUUCCGCUCGUUGUCAAGGACUCUUGGCAGUAUACGGAGCGUGACGAAGAAGGUGAGCUUCUCCAAGAAGCUACCGAAAGAGGUGUGGUCAACGUUGCACGCUAUUACCACCACGAGACUGUCUGCAUCCGCGAUAAGGCUGAUGAUGUCCGGAAUAACGUUCGAGGCGGCUUGGAUAUCAGGACCGCGAGCAACUUUCGACCUGAACGGCCGGUGCUCUCGACUAGCACAAGUGCAACUGAUACUCCACGAAAGGGCCGAGGUAGCGUCAGGUCCGGCGUGAAACGCUCUUCCAGUCAAACUGGUGCAUUUUUGCCCCCUAAUAAGCGAUCCUGUUCGGCUUCUCCUACCAAAGCAUCCGGCAAUCCACUGCCAAACCGAAUUCAUCGGCGUAUUGUGAUGCGGGACUAUGGCAAACCAAUUUACAAGGCAAGCACACGCACGGCCCUCCUUACCGCAUUAGAGGGUUGCAUAGCAGGGCACAAGUCAUUGUAUAAAGCAGGAAUUCUUCACCGAGAUAUCUCCGUCAAUAACCUCAUGAUCAAUGAAGACAACGGGAACCCUUCGUGGCCAUCAUUCCUAAUUGAUCUUGACCUCGCCAUUAAGGAGAAGCGGGACGGCAUCACGGGAGCAAAUGGCAAGACCGGCACGAGGGCCUUUAUGGCAAUAGGUUCGCUACUAGGCGAGAAGCACUCCUUCAUGCACGAUCUUGAAUCAUUCUUCUGGGUCAUUUUUUGGAUUUGCAUCCAUUACGAGAGAUCGGGCGAGGGGAAAGUCGUUGCAAGAUUUGACAAGUGGAAUUUUGUGGAUACAGAGGAGCUGGCUAGUAUAAAGAAAGGCGAGAUAUCCGAUGAAGCAGACUUUUUGAAGUCUGCUAAUGAGUACUUCACAGAGUACUACCGGUCACUGAUUCCAUGCGUCAACGCACUUCGGAAUGUGGUCUUCCCUCAUGGAAGGAGGUGGACGAAAGAAAAUACAGGAUUAUAUGAUCGAAUGAAAGAGAUCCUGCGCGUCGCUCGAGAAGACUGA